CAGUUUUGCAUCUCUUUCCGCUUUUACUUCCUUUAUAUCUAUUUUCUAUUCCCUCAUUCCAUUCCUCUUACCCUUGCCAAUUGAUUAAUAUGAGAAUUGGUACCUCCAUUGCCAUAGUGGCGUCCGCUUUGGCCGUUGCUCAUGCCGCCCAAGCUCCUUCCAUUUAUUCGUUGGGAGGACUCGACAUUGUUGUCGACAAUCAACUUGACCCCUCCCACCCGCCUCAUAGUUUGAUUGCUUCGCAUAAGCCAAAGACUUAUGAUCAAGCUAAAGCUAUUUGCGCAGCCUUGAGCGAGUCACUUGCUGACCUCUCUACCGCCUCCAAUCUUAAUUUAGCAAGCACAAAGUUACCUGCUGAUAGUACUUUCUGGAUUGCAGGAACAUCGAGUGGAAAGUCUGACUGCCCCUCCUUCCGCACCAGUUCCCGCAGUGGGAAGUCCAAGUCACACUUGGGCAAAAGUGCUUGUGAAAGCAAGCAGUAUGCUCUCUGUACCAAUUCUGCCGGUAGAACUACAACAGCAGGCGAAAAUGGUUCUCAUUAUCAAAUUCGUACUAAUACCAACGAUGGCCCAAUCAUUGGGUUCCGUGAUAACCUAACCUGGAAGUUCCUUGGUAUUCCUUAUGCUAAACCUCCUGUUGAUGAUCUUCGUUUCGCUGCUCCUCAGCCACCUAAAAAGUGGACCGAGCCACUACAAGCAACAAAUUUCACCAACAUUUGUGUUCAAGCUGAUGGAACUGGUAGUGAAGACUGCUUGUACCUUAAUGUCUAUACUCCCUCUGUUGACAAAUGCUCCAAACGCAAAUCAUUGCUACCCGUCAUGUACUGGGUCCAUGGUGGAGGCUAUACUGGUGGCUCAGCCAUGACUACUCUUUACGACGGAAGCAACAUUGCAUCUCGUGGAGAUGUUGUUGUUGUCAGCAUUAACUAUCGUCUCAACAUCUUUGGCUUUGCAGAAGAUACCACUCACUACGAUCGUUCUGAACUUCCGGGAAACUUGGCUCUUCGUGAUCAAAUCGCUGGUCUUCAAUGGGUCAAGGAAAAUGUUGCACGCUUUGGAGGUAAUCCCGAUAGUGUCACUAUUUUUGGUGAAUCAGCCGGUGGUAGCUCCAUUCGAUCCCUUGUUCAAUCCCCUAAGGCUACCGGAUUGUUCCACAAGGCAAUCUCCGAAAGUGAUCCUUGGGACCUUGGCUGGCAAACUCCUGCCGAUGCUGGCAACCUUACUCAAACAGUCUGGCAAGGAGUUCAAUGUACUGACCUAGCCUGCGCUCGCAAAGCUAGUGUUGCCGACCUAACCUCAUCCUUCAACAAGGCCGUCACCCUUGUUUCCAAUGUGAACCAUCCUCAGGGUGAAUUCAACUUUGUCGAACCUGUCAAGCCUAGUAUCGAUGGAGAAUACAUUCCUCACGACUGGCACACUUCUGUCAAGAAGGGCGAAUUUAACAAAGUUCCUUUCUUGAUCACCACCAACCAUGACGAAGCUGGUGCAUUUAUCACCGACGAUCUCCCCAAUCCUGUUCCUGCAGCAAGCGAUUCCCCUACACUUGACCAGACUUGGGCUUACCUUCUUUCCACUGUCAUUCACUUUGGUGUCGAAAGAACCACCGCCAUCAUCCAAUCUGGCCUUUAUCCUUAUUACAGUGCCACCCAACCUGACAUUAUUCGUGAUCAACUUAAUGCGCUGAUCACUGACUUUUUCUGGAACUGCCCCCUUCGCUUGUUCGUCGAACAAAUGGCUGGUCACGGUGUUAAGGUCUAUCGUGGACGAUUUGACCAUGUCCUUCAGGAGACAAACGCCCCUACUUCUUACUGCUACAACAAGGAGUGCCACGGCUCUGAACUAACUACAGUUUUCGGCGCUCUCAAUAUCUAUGGCAUACCUGUCAGCGCCGAAGACCUCAAGUUUACACAAAAUAUUGUGGAUACUUGGACUCACUUUGCUCGCUAUGGCAACCCCAACACCCAUAACCAAUUGUACUGGCCAGCCGCUACGGCAUCCAAAUCUAAUGUGUAUGUAUUUAACACCACCAACACUUUGUUGACUGACGGAUUCAACAACGACAAGUGUGAUUUCUUCCAAAAGAAUGAUAUGUACGACUUUGAUAUUUUUGACAAGAACUACAAAUAAAUCCUCCUAUACUACUGCAGGACGACACUCAAAAGACAGGAUGUAUGGAAUACAUCUGUCAGGAGUAGUCCCAGUUGCAUAAAACAAAACAAACACAAAAACUUGCCUUUUUUUUUUUUUAUUGUGUGAAAUGCUCUUUAAUUUUGACGAUAACUGGUAACUGCAAUGUCUAAAGGUGGUACGAAAGGGAGGGGAAAGAGGAGGCCAUUGCAUUUUGCUGCCAAACCCUUUUAAGAACAGUUCCAACCCAUUUCCCAAAACUGGAUUUCCAGCAUGGUUGCUUGUUUGAAUACCUCGCACACUUCCUGCCACCUAGUAGCUGAGGUAGAUAUAUGAUGUAAAGCAAGUUUCUCCAACAACACU